AUGGACACACCCCUCGGAAGACUGAUUAAUUUUUUAGUCGAAUGGACGAAAAAUGUCGUUGAACCGCUGGUGGGUGGACGGAUCUUCAAUCGAUUUGCUGAACUUGAUGGAGCCGGGCUUAGUCAUAUUUAUUACUAUAUAAGGUUUCAUGAGCACAUUGCUCCGAAUAUUGCUAAAUGGGACAAUUUCAAUGUCACGACACGGAUUCGAAUGAUGUUCGCCUUGUCUGGUGAAGUGCCUGAUGACUUUUUGGCGUUAAUUAAGCUCACUGGAACUGUCCAACUCGAUGCGAAAAGGAGAAUCAGCAAAUACGCUUCGAAUGACGGAAACUUGAAGCUGGAAGGAUGCCACGGUUGUACUGCGAGAUCAAAAAAUGAGCGGGGCAAAGAUCCUGCCGAAAUCACGAGGUUCAUGAAUUUUCUCGUUGAGAAGGCGAAGGUUUCCACUGACCCAAUGUUCGCGAGUGUAGUGUUCACAGAAUUCAGGAAAAGUGAAGAAGACGGAUUAGCGUACUCAACAUAUUGUCGAAAGUUUUACAACUAUCUGGCACCGAGAAUGGAUCAAUUUGUCAAUUACAGUAUUGAGGAGCGAGUCCGACUGAUGUUCGGUUUGGGUGGAGAAGUUACGGAGGACUUUCUGAAACUAUGUCGAAAGGAAGGAGUCGUUGAGCUUGAUAAAAACAAUCGAAUUUGCGAAUAUAUCUCAUAUGAUGGAACGUUGAAGUUGGGAGCGGCCCACGGUCUAUCGGCUAACAUGAAAAGACGUAGUUUAUUGAUUGCCAAAGACCCUUCCGAUCUUCCGAGGCUGAUGAAUUUUCUCGUUGAAAAGACGAAGGAUGCCACUGAGCCGAUGGUAUCAAUUGCAGAGUUGUCAGAAUUCAGGAGACGUGAACGUAGUGAAUUGACGGAGCAAGCUUAUUAUGGAAAAUUUCACCGUCAACUGGCACCGAAAAUGGGUCAAAUUGUGAACUACAGUAUUGAGGAGCGAGUUCGUGUCAUGUUUGGAUUUGCUGGCGAAGUCACCGAUGAUUUUCUGAAACAAAUUCAAACGAUAGGAACUGUUCAUCUUGAUGAGAAAAAACGAAUUUGCAAGUAUGCCACACACGAUGGAAAGCUGAAGUUGGAAGGAGAUCACAGUCAUACGGCGAGAAUGCUUAGACGUGGUGCAUAUUACCGAAGACUUAAGACUGGAAGGUUUUUCAUUUAUUAUGAAAAAGCAUUUUAAUUUUAUAUUGUUAUUUUCGGAAAAUCCAUCUCGAAAUUCUCUGGCAUGGAGCAUUCCAGAUCUCCAAAAAGAGCACGAAUAUCUGAAAGAGAUGAUGAUGAUGAGUAUUUUGGAGUUGUGAACGAAGGUGAAUCCCACAAUAGAGAUGUAUCACAUCACAACUUGAAUAUCGAUUAUUUGCAAGCCAACAAUCAACCAAUUCCUGAGGAUCUUCCAUACGAAAUCGACGACGAUGAGAUGGAGCAUGUUGGAGCAGUGAACUAUGAUCCAGAACAUAGACACUUUGAUUUUGAUGAUUCCCAUAUCGGCCAUUUGCAAAACGAUGAAGAAAUGAUGAACAAUCAAUCAAUUCCUGAGGAUCCUUCAUACAAAAGUGACGAGGUGGAAUAUAAUGGAUCUUUGCCAGGACUUCCGAAACCUGAACCGAUUGAUUUUGAUUUUUAUCAAAUCUAUAAUAGAGAUGUAUCACAUAGUUUGAAUCUCAAUAAUUUGCGAGAAAAUAAAGAAGUCAGCUGGAAUCCGUCAAUUUCUGAAAUAAAAGUUGAUUUUACAUUCUUCGAACGUCAGCAAUUCAGUGUACCCACGAAUAAUGGAGCCACUUCAGCUGAAUCAAAGAUCAUAAGUUUGCAUGACUUCCUGAAAUCCCUGAUCCAAUUCAUUUGUUUUCUCGAAAGUUCGGAGCUCACUGAGAUCAAGCAGAAAAUCAAAGAGUCGAUUAGAACUGAUAAUGAUAAGUUCCUGCAAAUCACCGACAUUUGUACAGUACUGCAGGCAUUUUUCUUCGGAAUCAGUCGCAAAUUCAGAUUAGCCGCGGCCGCUUCUAAUUCCCCAGCUAUGAAGAUGAAGGAUUUCCUGGUCAAAUUCAAGUUAUUUCUUCUCGGAUUGGAUUCCUCCGAGCUUCUAGAGCUUCAGCAGAAGGUUCAAGAAAAUAUUGAUGAGCAAACGGAAUUGGCAGAGAAGGUUCUUCCGAUCAGCGACGUUCGUCAAUCUCUCCAAAACCUGCUCUCCACAAUUUCUCAAUAUUAAAU